AAUGAGUGAUGAUAUAUUAAGCAAGAGUAAUAUGGGUGAGAUAGGAGAAGUAAAUUUUGAAAUAGGUUUAUUAAAUAGGAUAUAGAUUAAUAGUUAUACGAUAGAUGCGAAUAAUUUUGUUAGAAAUUAAGACGUACAAAUUAAUAACUCUACAAGUUAAAUUUUGAUAAAAAUAUAGGCAAUUUUCAAAUAUAGUUAGUUAAAAUUCGCGUAUAGCAAAAGAGUAGUUGGGAUAAAUGUUAAGUGAAGAACCAGAACUAUUAAAAGAAGUAAAUAGUUUAUUGGAAGAUGAUGUUAAAUUUAAGACACAAAAAGAGAAAUUGACUGAAUUUGUUCAUAAUGAAGGUAAUUAGAGUAAGGCAAUGGAAACAAUAUUAAAAUAAAUAUAGAAUGGAUAAUUAGAUGGUCAUUAGAAUAAAGAUCAUAUAUUAGAUUUAUUUAGCAAUGAUCCUUAAUUAUAAUAAUAAUUUUUAUAGAGUUUUAAAAAGAAGCAUGAAAAUAAUGCUCCAAAAAAAAAGAUAGAAGAAAAUAAAAAUUAUUUUUAAAGAUUAUUAGAUAAGAGUGGAAUAGCUUUUAUUGAUAUGGUAAAAAUAUUAAUUAUUUAAAAUAGAAUGAAUUACUAUUUUGGGAUAAGUUUCGGUUGAGAGUUAUAUAAUAGUUUCCAAAUGAUCAUUAACAAUUUAUGAAUGAAUUUUUAAAGGUGAUACAUUUAUAUUCUGAAUGUAUAAUUACUUAAAUGGAAGUUAUGGAAUUGAUUAAUUAGUAAGGAUGGUUAGAAAGAGAAUAUAUAGAUGAUAUAAGAUCUAUGUUAACAACUAGAGUAAUAGCAAGAAGAAUAUAAACUCCAUUGUUCAAACCUUUAAAAGAUACAGAUUUCGCUUAAGUUGAUAGAGUAACUAGAUCAUAUGUAAGAAUGCCUAUUGGAUACGCUAAAGUUAAUAAUAAUUCAGAAAUUCUUAAUCAUUCAUGGGUUUCAGUUCCAUUUGGUUCUGAAGAUUAAUCAUUCUUAAUCAUGAGAAAAAAUACUUUUGAAGAACAACUUUUUAAAAGUGAGGAUGAAAGAUUUGAAUUUGAUGUUAAUACUCAAUAAAUUAAAAGAACUAUUAAUUUACUUUAAGAAAUUAUUGAUGGAAAUAAAGAUGAAUAAGCACUUGUUAAAAAAGUUAUUGAUAUGAGAAUUCUAUAAUAAUUAUAUAGGAAUUAGACUUAAGAUUAAAAUGAAAUCCUAUAAUUAUUUUAAAAUAAACCUCUUGAAAGUGCUAAGAUAUUAAUUAAACGUGUCAAAUAAAAACUUAAUGAAUUAGUAUAAGCACGUAAUACUAAAGCAAAACAAAUUUGGGAAAUUGUUUCUACUAUUAAUUUUCAUAGAUCUUUAGAUCAUAGAUCUUUCUAUUUUAAAAAAAAUGAUAAAUUAGUAAUCAAUGGAUAGAGAUUUGUAAGAGAAAUAGAAGAAUAUGCUAAAAAUGUAUUAAUCAAAUACUUAGGUACUAAAGAUCAUGUAUUCAUCAAAAGAAAAACUGAUAAUAUUUAGUUUAAUUUUGAUGAUAACUUUUUAAAUUCUUUAGCAUAAAUGACAAAUAUUAAACCAUUUCUACCUAAAUAAAUGCCUUUGCCUGCUCCAACAAAAGAGAAUGUUCGUUUUUGUCCGCUUAUUUCUCUUUGGAUGGGUAAUGAAUAGAUACUAUAGGAAUGUGGAUAAUUUAUAAUACAUUACCUUUAAAUAAUGGGAGGAAAUAACUUAUUAGAUAAAAAAAAUGGUACAUUUUUCAUGAUAAAAUUAAUUAAUCACUUUUUUCAAGUUCCCAUGAAGCCUAUGUAAAUAUCUGAAUUAACAUUAAAUGAUACUAAAUUAAAAACUGAAAUAGCUGAUUUAGAAAUAUAUGAUAUUCAUUAUAAUCCGGAAGAGACAAGAAUAUAAAUCCCGGAGAUAGAAAAUGAAGCUCCAGGACAUUUUUUCAAUUUGGAACCUAGAGUAAAGUUAACAACAUAUGUUACACAAAAUAUUUAUAUAUUAUUAAGAUUUUUGCACACAAUUUACUAAAGAUUUGAGAUGGCAUACAUAAUUAGUAAAUAGAACAGUUUAGGAAAAGAUAAGAGAUAUAAUUUAUUUAAAUCUGCAUUGUUCCUUUCUUUAAAAGCAAAAGACUUCAAAUAUGAAGAUCAUUUAAGAAGUUUAUUUGGGAAGCAUGUAAAAGUAUGUGUAAUAAUUAGGGAUUUAUAUUUUCAACAUUAGAAAAAGUGCUUCAUGAUGCAGCUAAAUAAUUAGGAACUUGUGCAUCUGAUCCUGUGACAAUUAGUUAUUUUGAGAAGGCAAUGUAAUAGAGUGGAGAUAUUGAUAAAUACUUUUAGGUGGUAUCAGGUAUAGUAAAUGGGGAAGGGAUAAAAGUAUGUGAUUUAGAAGGAGAAGUGUAUUAUUAAUUUUAGAUAUUGAAAGAAGAGGAAAUGUUAUUAAGAUUGCAUGAGACAUUAUAAUAAUUUAAACCAGAAAAGAAACCAAUAUAUAGAGUAAUUAAAUAUUUACAUAUAUAGAUUGCAUGUUGGCAUAAAGCGUGCUUUAUAUCAAUGUUACCAGGAUAUGGUGGUCAUAUGCAGGAGAAAUGUACAUAUUGGAAAUAACCAUUUUUGAUGAGGAAUAUGAUGAGAGGAGAGAGAAGAAUGAUGAUCACAAAUAGCAUAGAAUGGAUGGUAGAUGAUAUGUGUCAUUUCAAACCAAUUUUAAAUAGAGGAGAAGAUUACUUAAAGUGUGUAUGA